CAUCUGCUCCGAAUAUUUAGCUGACAGGCUUUAUUUAUUUACUCUCUGGAGCUAAGUAUUCUGAGAAUAACGUUGUCGUGAGAGAGGUGUUUUUCUUACGACUAUAAUUCUUGCAUCGCUUCUGCGAUAUCGAAAGCUAUGUCCAAUGAGGAGCGCCUGAGGAAACUUUUGUCAGAUUUGGGAAAAGCUACUUUACGCGGAGUUCGAAAGUGUCCAAAAUGUGGCACUUACAAUGGUUCACGUGGUCUCUGUUGUAAAAACAAAUACUGCGAUGCAGUAUUUAAGGAACCUGGUGAAAAGCGAAAACUGUCCACAGAAGCAUGCAAGCUUAUCACAGGUUCAUCAGCGCAAGUGUUCUCUGUACGAGUUAGAGACAAGGGACCUGAUUAUCGCGGUUUUGUACAGUUGCCGUUGAUAAAUACUACUAUUUCAAGUGAUAUUACAACACUCAUUUCGCAAACAACUGCGUUAUGUUUUGUGGAUAGCUGCGAGAGAAAUUUUGACACCAGUGUUCUCAAAUGUCAUGAGAAAGAUUAUUCAGAUUAUUCAGUAUCUCCAUGCCAACACAUUCAAGCUGCAUUGAAGUGUUACGCAGAAGCACAGCCAUUGACUUUAAAAAAUUCUAUUCUGAUGUCGAUGAGUGUAAAUAAUGAAACAAAGCAAGAGAUAUGGUUAUUAGCAACGGAAACUUCUGGUCCUUUAGUACAAAGAGUGUCAAAGAAUAUAAUGGCAGUGAAAUGUAAAGCUUCUCCAAAACAUCCGCUUGGUUAUCUUCAUUUUUCUUUCUUUAUUAGUAAAUCUAAAGAUAGAAUUGAACAUCGUUACUUUUGCAGUUGUACUACUUUUAAAAAUACAACCAAAUCAACAGGAGACAAACUAGACGGUACUUCGUCAUUACAACCAAAGCGAUGUGUGCACUUUUAUGCAUGUAUUUGUGCGUUUGCUAGUGAUCCAAAGUUAUCUGAAGAAUUUAGUUAUUAUAUAAAUUUAGAUAAAACGCAAUCAAGUAUAGAAAGAUCUCUGACAAUUAUAUCGCCAAAUGAAGAGGAAGAUAAAAUUGUUGGAAUUGAUCUCGAUAGUUUAACUACAGAUGAAACUGAUACUCAAUUGUUAAUUUUUCGUGAUGAUACUUUAACUGUACAAAGUUUAGAUGGAAAUAGAUUAGAUUUAGACUCCAUGAAUUUGGAUUCUUCGAUUUUACCGCAUGGUAUUGUUGAAAAUAUAGAAGUAGAAUGUGAUCGCAGUUUAUUGGACGACAACAACAUAAUAUCACAAGUUCAUAAUUUGGAAGUAAUUGAUCAAAAUGGUGUUCAAUUGGGAGAAGAAAAUACCAUAAAAAUAUUGGAUGACCAAGGGACAAUUAGUGCAAAAUACAAUGUGCUCAAUAAUAGUCAGUACAUAUUAAAUGAUAACAUAAAAAUAUUGGACGCGAGCACAUUGAAGGUUCUCGAUGUAAAUACUACAGUUUUAGACAUACAAAAUCCAAAGCUCAUCGAUAAUAAUAUUUUAAAUAACAGCAGUGUUAAGAUAAUUGACAGGAACACAAUAGUUCAUUACGAUAACAGAAGUGUACCGAAUACAGAAGGUAACGCAACGCAAUCGACAAUUUCAACGAAACGAAAGAGAGAUGAAAAGCCCGUAAACAGCAGCAGCUUGAAUCUGAAUUCGAUUGAACCGAGAAAAACAAAGACAAAAUCGCAAAUUGUCAAAAAGUACCAAAACACUUGUGAUGAGUUGGACGAGGCUAACACGAACUUACCGUUUAUAAAAUGGCUCGCGUCAAUAACCGAGCGAAUAAAUCAGACGAUGCAUUUUCAGUUCGACGGCAAACCUGAUCCCUUGGUGUUUCAUGUGCCACAAAUAUUCUUUGAUUGCUUGCGCGAGCGAAUAUCUUGUGGCGGCAAGAAGAAACGUUUGCCAAAUUCGACGACAGCGUUUGUUAGAAAAGACGGAGUACCUUUGGGAACAUUCACCAAGUAUACGUGGCAAAUUACAAAUAUUCUGCAUGUAAAGAGUAUUUUUGAGACACCAUAUAUACCUUUGGAAAUUACGAGAAGUUUUGUGCAAAACGCAGAUGGAACGUACGAAUUGUACAAACGAGAGGAAACGGAAAUAGAUCGUUAUAAGAAGACGAAUAACAACGCGUUGAUUAAACCAUUAGAGUUGAAAACAUAUUUAAAAGUGGGAAAUACUUCUCCGAACCAAGUUGAACCUACACCAUUCUUGAUAGAGUGGAUACCGGAUAUUUUGCCAAUUUCAAAAAUUGGUGAGCUUAGAAUAAGAUUUGAAUUUGGACACGUAAAAAAUGAAACAAGUCACAAAUGGAGGAAAAUUGCUCUUUCUAAAAAUUACUAAAGCUUUUACUUUCGAAAUACCGUUUGCAACUAAAUUUUUACUUUUCUACCGUGAUUAUUUCAAUGAUAUAAAAAUAUUAUGGGCCAAAGGACAAAUAUUAAACGUACGAUAUGAGAAUAAUCACUCACUGUCAUAAAGAAUCCGACAUUCGAAUUUAAAUAACUAAAAUUUUGUUAACAGAAUUAAUUUGUCUUUAAGAUGAAUAAAAUAACUGAAUUAU